UUAUAGGGACAUAUUUUGAUAAACAUUAUAUUGUGUGCGUUAAAUUCUUGCUGUAAAAGAGUUGGACAUUAGAAUCCCACAUGAAACUCCAAAUCUACACGAAACUAAUCAACUAAAAACUCAAAUUUGUAAUUCUAGUUAAAAACAAGAUUUGUAAUUCUAGAUAUUAAAUGCCACCAUCUUUGCAAAGCAGGCUCGGCCCACAACCCCUGCUAUUGGAAUGCAUAAUGGAAACCCCAAGAUCUUCUAGGGGUUUUAGAGUCCUAAAUGCAUGGUUCUCUAAUCCCACCAUCUUAUCAACUAUUGAACAUUUCUGGAACUCUACUGGAACUUGUGGAGGUAUGAGAGGCUUAAGCAACGAACUUAUAGAGCAUAAAACUAUUCUAAGGAAGUGGAACAAGGAAAUCUUUGGGGACAUUUUUCAGAAUCUCAAAAAAGCCGAGGAAGACGCCAUCACUGCAGAACUUUCGUUUGAUUCUAACCCUACCGACUCCACUAGGGAAGCCUGGUCACAAGCUAUGGCUAACCUGCUGCUGGCCACUAAAAAGGAGACAGAAUUUUGGAAGCAAAAAGCACACAUCAGAUGGAUGGAAAAAGGAGAUAACCAUUCAAAAUUCUUCCACACCUUUGUUAUCGGUAGGAGAGCCAAACUCACCAUCUCUCAAAUCAAAUUUAGAUCAGGCCAUACACUUAUGGAUGCUGCAAACAUUAAGGUUGAAGCUGUGUAUUUCUUCACUCAAACUUUCUCCCAAUCAAGCAUUGUUAAUCCUCAUGAUAGUCUGAAAUUUACCCCCCACCUGAUCAAUGCUGAAGAUAAUGAAUUGAUCACUCGUCUUCCCUCCAUGGAUGAAGUUAAACAGGCAGUUUGGGACCUUGACCCACAUAGCACUUGUGGCCCGGAUGGAUUUAAUGGAGAAUUCUUUCGCAAAACCUGGUAUAUUCUGGGGAAGGAUCUUCUAUUGACAGCGCAGGAAUUCUUCCUCGGAAUCCCACCUCCUGUUGCGUAUGGGGCAACCGUCAUAACCCUAACACCCAAAUCUCCCAACCCCCACAUGUUCAGUGAUUUUCGCCCCAUUUCCCUAUCUACUUUCAUGAGAAGAUGUCCCAGAAUAAGCCAUUUGGCCUUUGCAGACGAUUUCAACCUCUUCACCAAUAGACACUUCAGGAACCUCCUCAGAAUUAAAGGCAUUCUUGACAAUUACCUUGCAGCAUCUGGCCAGGCUAUCAACUACGAAAAGAGUAAAUUUUACAUCCCUACAAGGACUCCUCCUGCAUCUUGUAUGGCUAUGGAAAGGGCACUGGGUAUGAAGCCAGUUCAAUCCCUUCCCCUAGAGGUGAUUAAACUUCUCCACAAAAGGAUGGCAAGUUUUCUCUGGGAAGCGAAAGGAAGGAAACAAAAACACCACUGGAUUAGCUGGGACAGGGUUUAGUAAUCCGAUUUUAUUAAAGUUAUGCUUUCUAA